AAAAAGCGCGCUUACUUCCGGCUGGUGGAAAUGGCGGGUGGUGGAGUGAGAAUGGAGGAUCUGGAGGAGGGAGAGAUCGAGUGUGACAUGAUGAAGGAGUCUGUAGAGGAGCGAGUCCAGGUAUCGUCCUUCCAGAGCAGGGUGGCUCCAGCGAGCGUCGCAUCAUACCGCAACCAAACCAACAGUGACUCCAGCGACUCUGACUCCGAUGAAGCGGCUAUGUCCUGGAGACACAAACGGCAGAAGUGCUCCAAUAUCCCCGCUCCGGUCCGGACAGUGCCUGUGAGCGGUGCCAGCACUCGAAAGGUCAACAACAUCUGGGGCAGCGUCGUGCAGGAGCAGAGUCAGGAGGUGGUCGCCGCCGAACUCGGCAUCAUGGGUAUGGAGGGGAGCGUCAGCAUGAGCAGCCGUCAGAGUGAGACAUAUAAUUAUAUUCUUGCGCGCAAGAUGAUGGAGAAAGAGCGUGAGGAGCAGGAGGAGGUGAUGAAGAGCGAGCUGGAUGUGCAGCUGGAAGGCUACAUGCAGAAGAAAGACAUGCAGAAUGACUGCAGCCUUAAGAGGAAGCGUCCGGCUAAAGAGAGACUCGGCCCGCGAGCGGAGAUGGACUUUAAGGGUCGAUAUGAGCUGACAGAAGAUGAGCCUGAAGUCAGAGUGAUCGAUGAAAUAGCACACAGACUAAUGGAGCCAAAGAAAGAUCUGAUUGAGCGCGUGGUGCGAGUGAUAGGAGUGAAGAAAGCCAUUGAGCUGCUGUCAGAGACGGCGACUGUUGAACAGAACGGAGGUCUCUAUACUGUGGACGGCAGCAGGAGACGCACACCUGGAGGAGUUUAUCUGAACUUACUGAAGAACACACCUAGUAUCUCUAACAGACAGGUGAAGGAGAUCUUUUAUGAGGAGAACCAGAAAGAAUACAGCAACAAAAAGGCGGCGAAGAAGCGACGGAAGCAAAUCGUAGCAAAGAAGAUGAAGCAGGUGAUCAGCACACUCAAUCUACAGGAAGACGAUGAUGUGUCGCGAGAAACAUUCGCUAGUGAUACUGAAGAGGCACUGGUGUCGCUGGAGGAGACUGCUGACGGCCCGCCGGACGAUAACGCUGUAGUGUACAACUCGCAGGAUCUGGAGGUGUUUUGAACCACAUCAGUGUGUCUCCAGUGAACGCCCUAAAAACAGUUCAGCAAUGGUCGGACAGAAAAGUUCUCAUUUGUCAUGAAUUAGUCCUGAUUGGUGAUGUUUGAUUUUGUCCUAGUCUUCAUGUACAGCACUUAAGUUCCCCCAGUUUAAGUACAAUUUAACUCUUUAAAAGUUGAUAAAUGAGCAAGAGUAAAGGUUCUGAGGAAGCGUGUACAGACUUUCUAAAGUGAGUUUUGGCUGGUUCAUCAUAUUCAUCAGUUGUAAUGAAUCUUUUUGUGUGAAUAUUUGGCAAGCUGUUGAAUUUAUUCUUUGAGAUAUUUGAUUGUAGCAUGAAAAAUUAUUUGAUGUACUCAGACUAUCAAAGAAUAAACUUGCAUUUUAGCCAUCA